GGCUUAGUUGCCCAUGGAAAACAAUAGAUUCUACCCUUCCUGAAAAUGAAAAGUGGUUGUUAGUGAGCAGAUACGUGAGCGCCCACGUGCCAGGUGUGUGAUGUGCAGCGUUCUUACUGCGCUCUACCCUCCUCCCUCCUUUGGUCAGACAGAAGGGUCUGCAGGGAUGUCACUUUUCAAAGCUCGUGACUGGUGGUCCGCCACUCUGGGAGAAAAUGAAGAAUUUGACCAAGGAUGUUUGUCUGUAGCCGAUGUUGACAACAGUGGUUCGGGACAAGAUAAAAUCAUUGUUGGUAGCUACAGUGGAUUUCUCCGCAUAUUCUCUCCUCAUCCUUCGAAAGCUGGGGAUGGCGUUCAGGCUGAAGACUUGUUGCUUGAGGUUCAGCUACGUGAUCCGGUUCUCCAAGUAGAAGUGGGAAAGUUUGUUUCGGGUACAGAACUUCUUCAUCUUGCUGUGUUACAUCCAAAAAAGCUCAGUGUUUAUUCAGUCUCAGGUACCUUGGGAAAUGUGGAGCAUGGGAACCAAUAUCAGAUUAAAUUGAUGUAUGAACAUAAUCUUCAACGAACAGCCUGCAACAUGACUCAUGGCCCAUUUGGAGGAGUUAAAGGUCGAGAUUUGAUUUGUAUUCAGUCAAUGGAUGGGAUGCUUAUGUUCUUUGAGCAGGAGAGCUAUGCAUUUGGACGUUACCUGCCAGGGUUCCUUUUACCAGGUCCCCUAAGAUACAGUCCUAAAACGGAUUCCUUUGUUACUGUGUCUUCUUGUCGACAGGUCGAAAGCUACAAAUACCAGGUACUGGCUGUUGCAACAGAGGCAGAUACUAAAAAGGAGAAAGAGCAGCAAAAAAUUAGUUCAGGCAAGAAACUUCUGGCCGACUGGAUCCUGAACAUAGGUGAGCAGGCUUUGGAUAUCAGCAUCGUUUCUUUUAAUCACACGGUUUUCUCAAUAUUUGUACUUGGCGAGAGAAACUUCUUCUGCCUCAAAGAGAACGGACAGAUCCGGUUCAUGAAAAAGCUUGAGUACAGUCCAAGCUGCUUCCUUCCAUAUUGUUCAGUGAGUGAAGGAACAAUAAACUCUUUGGUCGGAAACCAUAAUAACAUGCUACUUGUGUACCAGGAUGUGACACUGAGGUGGGCAGCUCAGCUUCCGCACAUUCCUGUUGCAGUAAAAGUUGCCAAUUUCCAGGAUAUGAAAGGAAUCAUAGUCACACUAAGUGACAGUGGUCAUUUACAGUGCUCCUACUUUGGGACCGAUCCAUCUCUUUUUCAAGCUCCUAAAGUGGAAUCCAGGGACAUAAAUUAUGAAGAGCUGGAUAAAGAAAUGAAAGAACUCCAGAGAAUUAUCAAAGAGGCUACAAAAACACAAGAUAUUUUGCCAAAAAUAGAAAAGGAAGAUGAUUUGAUUUUAUUGGCCAAUGUAUCUCCCUCUCUUGAUCCCGUGUCGCAAGCUGUAGACAGUGCUGUGGAGUCUGAAGCUGUCCCUUCGGUCACAGUUAAGUUCUCUAUACGGACCAGACUGCAUGUACAGAAGACUGUGCUGUCUAUAAAUGUCCCACCCUUUCUAGCUCUUACUCAGGAUCAAUUCAUUUUUUAUUCUGUUGAGCCAGGAAUGUCGAAAUCUGUAAGUGUUUCUUUGUUCCUGAAGGGAAACUGUCCCCCAGAAGACUUGGAGGGGAAUGCAAUUGUUUCAUACAGCACACCCACAGAACUGAACCCUGAAGGUGUUCCACGGGUUGCUCAGUGUAAAUUUCGUCUUCCAUUACGGCUAGUUUGCUUACCUACACAGCCAUCUAAAGCAGCAAACCACAAAUUAACAAUUGACACUAACAAACCUCCUGUAAAUCUGGUUAACCUUUUUCCAGAUUUUCUAGAACGUGGCGAUGAUGACCAAGUCAAUGUCUUGGGAUUCCAAUUGCUUGCCGGACAUAAAGUUACACUCCUUGCCUCUAAGACUUCACAGAGAUACAGAAUCCAGAGUGAAAAGUUUGAGGACCUUUGGCUUAUUACAAAAGAGCUCAUCAUGCGAUUUGAAGAUUAUUUCCUAAAGCAAGGCAUUAAAGACUUUACAUGUUCUUUUUCUGGGCCAGUUCCACUGCAAGAUUACUUUGAGCUAAUUGACCAACACUUUGAGUUGCGAAUGAAUACAGAAAAAUAUGAAAAUCUGUUAUCUGAACGUGCUGUACAGUUCCGUGCAAUACAAAAACUGCUGCUAACAAGGUUCAAAGAUAAGACACCUGCUCCACUUCAAAAUCUGGACACUUUACUGGAUGGUACCUACAGACAGGUUAUAGGUAUAGCGGAUGCUGCUGAAGAACUGCAGAACAGUCUCUUUCGAGCAUUCAUAAAGCUGAAGGCUGCAACCCAUCUGAUAAUCGUACUGAUUGGAUUGUGGCAGAAACUUAGUAAAGAUCAAGUCAGCAUUUUGGAAUCCACCUUUUUACCUUUGCAACAGGAUGGUCAAGAAUUGGGUUGGGAAGAAUCGGUGGAUGCGGCAUUAUCUCAUCUCUUAAGGACGUGUUUAUCUAAGAGUUCUAAAGAGCAGGCAUUGAACCUCACCAGCCAGCUGAGCAUUCCAAAAGAUACAUCCAAGCUGAAGAAACACAUUACCUUAUUGUGUGAUAGACUGGCCAAAGGUGGCAGAUUGUCUUUAAGUGCUGAUUCUGGAUCUCAACAGUCUGUUCUCAUUCAAGGAUUCAGUAUGACAUCACAGGUAUCUCUGGACAAUGAAUAGUUGUCGUCCAUUUGCAGUUUCUUAGUACUGUUAUUUAUUUUUAAAGUAAUCCCACUCUGAACUGCAGUCGUGUGUCCUCACAUUACACACUGGCAUCAGAAGGAGGAAUCGUGGACCCUCAGACUAUGGAUAUAGAAGCUGGAAACUAACCUCAGAAGUAACGCUCAUACUGUGGACUGCUUCAGCUGGAGAUUUACUUGUGAAUUCCAGAGGAUGAAUCACACUGACACUUAUAAAUUUCAGUUAACCUACAACCUCUAAGUUUGUUCUUUUUUAUUAUAAUUAUGUGUGUAUGUUUUUUUUUACAUAGUACGGUUUUAAAAUUCGAUAGUAAAUACUCAAUCAUUAGUGUAUAAAAGCUACAGAUGGUUAUAGUUAAAACCAUCGAUCUACCAAAUAAUAGUCAAAUCAUUUCUGCUUAUGAUCAAUACUAAUAGAAAUCAUCCUAUGUUAUCAUGUACUUCCAGAUUCAGGGCUGUGUAUCAUACAGUGAAUCGUGAUAACUGGGAAUUUUACCAUAGUAAAUAGAGCGUAUAUACUGUAGUUUACACUUUACUAUGAAGCCAUAAUGUGAGCACUUGCAGCACACGAUAUAACAGCAGCUUGCUGGUGAUUUAGGAUUUUAUAGAUCCCAUUUAGUGCUCUUCUACAGGCAAGUUGCCUAUUUUCUGCAUAUGUUAUUCUUUUAUACAGAAUAUCAUUCAGUGGAACAUACACUACAAGUAUACUCUAUUUGUAUCAGAGCUGGGCACACAAUGGUUAUCUGAUAGCACCUUCUAGGACUAUGCUUAGAGUACUUUGCAUUAAAGGGAUAGAGCUGUAUUACACUGGCAUCGCUAACGACCGUUUGUAGUGACGCUUGUUAGUGAUGAUCUGGCAGUGUAAUAUUGCCGUUGAUUACCCCAUGAACAAGCAAGCGCUCGUUCAUCAGGUAAUCCAGAUUUUGAAGCAUGAUUAAAAAUUGUUUGCCAGCAGCAGAUCAUGCUGUCUAGUCACAGUCUGCUGCCUUUUAACAACUAGUCAGCAUGGCAAUGAGCGAUGGCAUAACAAUCGCUCCUCCCCAUACUCUGAAUGAGAUGCAAGUAAUAACAAUGGUCUCCUCCGCUGACAAGCAGGCGAUUGCCGGGAAGGAAGGCUUCCCUCCCAACAAUCGUUUGCAUGAUCUGUUAUUGUAAUACAGUCCCUAGUGCGGACUCUAGAUGUAGAUGACCUAUGCUUAGAAUAGCAAUGUAGAAAGGAUCGGCACUCACACGAGGUAGCUUUUUAGAAUGCUGGAUUUAUUGUCGAAACGUGUCACUAUUGAUAUGUGACAAUAAAUCCAGCAUUCUAAAAAGCUACCUUGUGUGAGUGCCGGUCCUUUCUACAUCGCUGUUUCCUGGGAUGCCAGUCCAUAGACACAUGCACCACCACGCCAUUACAGCGCAGUGUCGACCGGUGAACAUUAUGCUAUGUUUAGAAUAGGUCAUCAAUGUCAGAUUGGUGGGGUUCUGACAUUCAACACUCCACCAAUCAGCUGCUCUCAGCAGCCACCAAAGCCAGAAAUAACACAGUGGACGGAACCAGAAUCAUACACCGCCAUCCAUUUGUAGCAGCCAGUAACCUAGCAUGACUAUUACAUGGAUAGAGCUGUGUCCGGCUUUUAUCUCGUUUUUUAGUUCCGGCAAUGGCAGCUGCUGAGAACAAUUGAUUGGUGUCAGUGCCAAGUGUUAGUCCCCCACCACCCUGAAAUUAAAUAGGUUUUCUGAUAUAUAUAUAUAUAUAUAUAUAUAUAUAAACACAGUACAUCUGAUUGUCAUCAAUAUAUACAUAAUCUAAGCAAGUUUUAGGCAACAAAAAUUAUAUUUACUCGUUUACCUAGUUCUGUUCUGGCCUCUUUGUUUACAUGCAGUUGCAGAGCUGAGGGGCUUGUAACAACAAUCUCUGAGGCUGUCAACAACCAAGACUGCCUUUCCCCUUCCCCUGUUCUGCAAAGGGAGGGAAUAAACAUGCUGCCCGGCCAGCAUGUUGUUUGUGUAUGACCACAAGUCCCAGCUGUACAGUACAAUGACAUUGCGGAUACACAGGAUCUUCCACCUACCUGUUCUUGUGCAAUGCUGUGCAGACACUUUUUACAGCCCGCAUAAGUCAGACCCGAUCAUUGUCAACUCUGUGUUUGCAGGGUGGGGAGGUAGGAAAUAUCCUGUGCAGAGCAUUUGUUUCUUUACUGCCUGCAGAAGAGGAAACCCUGCAGCUGCUCAGUACCUGCGGCAUAGCCUCCAACCCUGAGACUGUGCUGCUGAUGAUAGAAGCGGUUAAACUUUGCUGAAGAAUACAGUGUGAGGGAAGACACUUGGCCGUCAGCUUAGCCAGCAGAUCGGCAGUACAGGAGGUGUGGCUUAUUGCUACAACCAGCACAGCCUUUACAGGGAUGCUCCGUGCACAGAGACAGACCUGCUCCCUCAGGCUUGUGCACAGAACGCCAUCAGAGCAGGGAAAGAAGCUGACAUCACAGUUAAUUUGAUGUUCAGCUAAGUAGGAGAACAGGGUCUCUGGAGAUUAAGUAAAUUGAAAACCCCUUACAUUUGAUUAGUUAAAAACAUACAAAUAACAAAAAAAUUACUUGGGCAACCCCUUAAAUGACUUAUCCUAAGCAUAGGUUAUCUAUAUCUACAGUCCAGACUUAACCUUUAAAUGGGUUCUCUGGGCUUUUAGUAUUGAUAAAUAAGGAUGUCAUCAAUAACAGAUCGGCGACUCCGGCACCCCCACUGAUCAGCCAUAUGAAGGGAAGACGCAUGCAGUGCUCGUGUGCCGCCUCACUUCUCUAUUACUGCUCGCCAUAGACACCAGGAUGAGAGACAGUACACAUGCACUGCGCACGCCUUCCCUUCAUAUAACUGAUCGUCGUGAAUGCCGGGUGUUGGACUCCUGCUGAUCUGAUAUUGAUGACCUAUCCUGAGGAUAGGUCAUCAAUAUUAAAAGCCUGGAGAAACCCUUUAAUUUUUUAUAUUUUUUUAGAUAGCCAUUUAAUUACAAAUUACUGCAUAUAGAAUAAUGACAAAUACAUUGUCCGUGAAAGCAGUGUAUGUGUGAGAAAUACGUCAGGUUGAACAGAUUUCUUAGAUUGCCAUUUGAUUUAUUUAUUUAUUUUAUUACCGCUUGUACUCCAAAAUAUUUUCUACCAUUAUUUAAUUUAGAUGCAAAUA